AUGGCUCCUGCAUCGCUCCUGGAGGCAGCCAGAACCCAAAGUCCAGAGUCGUAUCUCUACACGACCUUGGCCUCUUCCCAUUUGGGUGAAACGUCGGCUAUUGUGAUUUCGGCCUUGAUCUCAUUUGGCAGAUCAACCACCAAACAGAUCGCCUCACGUACAAAUCUUUCAGUGAAGCAGGUGAAAACGGCCGUUGUUUCGCUUGUCCAGCUUAAUUGUGUGUUUUUCUGGACUGAGGGAAAGGAGGUGUACUAUACAUUUGAUGAUAGAGGAGUCCAGAGAUUGUUGUUCGCAGGAGACAUUGUGACUCGUAUCAAGGUGGCCUACGGAGAUGAAUCAGCACAAAUUAUCCAGAAUGUGCUUGAAAAUGGCAGUCUCAAUGUUAAAGAGUACUUGUCCACGUUUUCUGAGGAAGCCAAGUAUGAGACAUCUGACAGGCUUCUUAAGCUCUACAACGACGGCUGGUUGCAUAGACUACAGCCCUAUAACUACUACCCGCUAGAAGACGUGUGGAACAUGCUCUUCCAGGAGACUCUCAAAAACACGCCUAGGACGGCCACAACCAGUGAGAUCAAAAGGGUCGCUGAAGCCAAGGCGAAAACCAAAGUCAAGUUGAACGACUACCUUUCCAGAGGCACCGACCCCAAGGAUGUUUUCACUGUCGAGGCUGGAAUGCAGAAAUUUCACCCUCUGGUGACCAUCACCUUCAACCUCGCCAGGUACGAAAAGUACUUGCGCACAAGAGCCUUGGUUGACUUGGCCAAUCUGCGAUUUGGCCUUCUUACAAGCAAGGUCUACGAGGCGUGCUGCUCGUUGGUGGAGCAGAACUCGCCGGAUUUGCAUCAAACGUUUCUCCAGAUCUCUGGGUUGAUCAACGACCCGGAGGAGGAGAGGCUGUACAUUAGUAGCAUAGAGAACGGGCUCAUUGACUCCAAGAGGACCGUUUUCAAUCUCCGUGACGUGCCUCGAGCGUUGUCGGAGAAUGUCGAUUUGAGAAACUCCAUUUUGACUCAGAACUUUCUCAAACCACCCAAGAGAGUCCACAUGAACGGGUCCGCAGAAAGAACCAAAAAGAUCAAGCUCGAGGACGGUACCGCACAGACAGUGGAGGUUGAGGACGAGGAAGAAGACGGCGGAGACUAUGUUGCUGAUAACUCCACCGCCAAAUCACUCUCGCUUAUUUCCGAGCACGUCAGACUACUAACAUCCUCGGGAACCCCAUUCCUCAUGGAAGUUUCCCCGGGCUCCUACACCAUUCCAUACAUGCAGCUUCACAAGCUUGUCAAACAGCAUCACCUCAGCACGCUUGUGAAAACGACAUUGGGCACCAAUGCAUUGAGGGUUCUCCGAUGCAUUAUUCAGAUGAAGUUGGUGGACGAAAAGGCCAUCUCCAACUCGGUGUUGCUCAAGGAAAAGACAGUAAAGAACGAGCUCUACAAGCUCACCAACAUGAAUCUUUUGGAAAUUCAGGAGGUGCCCCGUUCUGCCGACCGUGCCGCACUGAAGACCUUUUACUUGUUCCGUCACAAGCCUGUUCUGGCAUACCGCUCGAUCAGCGACGCUUUGGUGUAUGACAUGGCACAGGUUUUGACCAAUGUGGCCCGGUUUAAGCUGGACAAUAAAAUUUUGCUUGACAAAUGCGAAAGGGAAGACGUCAAGGGCCACGAAGAAGAGCUUCUUCUUGAAAGCGAGCUCAAGACGCUUCGCCAAGUUCAGCAGCGUGAGUUGGGCAAUGUCGGGCGGCUUAACCGGGUCAUGUGGCUCUACGUUGUCUUUGGCGUUCUAUAA